AUGAAAACGAAUAUAUUUACUCGAUCUGAUAAAUAAAGUAAGGAAGAGUAGCUACACAAUAAUAAAUAAGAUUGCUUAGUUAAUGAGAUUAAUAUUAUUUCUCCUGUUGAUGUAGAAAUGUAGAUACUUAAUUCUUCAUAAAUCCCUGUACAAAUGAAAAAUCCAAUUGAAUCUACUAAAAAGGUAAUGGGAUGAAUUAAAUUAGCAGAUUCAAAAGAGAGACACUUAAGUAACAAAAAUUUUCAAAGAUGCAGGACAUUUAAAAAAAGAAACAUAAAAAAAUACAGAUUUUCAAGUGAAUUCUUAAUGUUCAAUUUAAGCUGAUAAUGAAAUUAAGUUAUAUCAAAAAAGAGUAUUCAGCUUAUAAAAUGAAAAUGAAAAGAAAUAUGAUAUUCACUAAAAUCAAAUUCCUUAGUCAGUAAAGUUAUUGAAAACUGAUAUACUUAAGCAUAAAAAAUAAGCUAAAGUUAUUUAAGUCACUAGAUUUAAAGAUAGAUGUACUCUUUUAAAAGAGUUAUUUUUUAUCAGCACAAUUAAGGCAAUAAUUACAAUUUAUAAAAAAAUAAUAAAAUUUCACAAAACAGUCAAUAUAAAGGAUUUGCCAGAAUUAUCUGAAUAAGAUUAAAUCGAGUCAUACAGCCAUGAUUAUGUAAAUUAGAUAAGAUAAGAAUUAAAACUCAAAUAAGAGUUUAGCUUUUACAACUUAUUUUUUUGGAAAUUUAAUUCAUGUUUUACUCUCAUAAUGUUGAUUUUAGGAAUGAUUGAAUCAAACUCAAAUUUUAUUAUUUCAUUAUUGUUGUAUAAUAUUAUAGAAAAUUUUCAGAAUAAUGAUAAAGAAUAAGCUUAAUUGAAUGCAUUAUAUUUAGCUUUUUUAUCAAUAAUUACAAUAAUUGGAAGACAUUAUCAAUAGUAAAUUAUUUUAAUAAAUUGUAGUAUAUAGUUAAGUAAGUUUGGAGGAAAACUUCGAUAAAUUCUAAUGUAUAUUUUGAUUGAGAAAAUCUCGACUCUAUCCAAUUGUUCAAUUUAGAAAUCGAAUUCUGGUUCCAUUCUAAAUAUUAUAUGCAGUGAUUUAUCAACUUUAGAAUGGUAAUAUGGAUACAUAUAUUGCAUACCAAUAGUUCCAAUUUCCUUAUUAUGUUCUGGUUGUAUUUUGUGGGUAAAGUUGAUUAUAAAGAUUUUAGCUUUAAUUUUAAGGACCAUAUGGUUUAAUGGCAGUAAUGAUAUGUAUCAUUACUUAUCCAACUUAAACAAUUAUUUAAAAAUGCAUAUAAUCUAUGAUAAAAAAACUCAAAUAAUAUUAAGAUUUAAGAUUAAAAUAACAAACUAAUUUUUUAGAUAAUAUUUAAACUAUAAAAAUGUAUUGUUGGUAAGAGACUGUCAGAUAAAUGAUAUUAAAAACUAGGCAUCUUGAAUGGAAAUAAUAUAUUUUAAUUUAGAUAUUAACUUUAAUUGAUAGAUCAAUAAAUUAAUCAAUAAAUAUUUGGGGUUCCUUUUUAUUUUUAAUCAUCAUUUAUAAUUUAGGUAUUCCUCUAAAUCUAUAGAAGAUAAUUUUAACUAUACAAUUAAUGGCAUCCAUAAGAUACUAUUGUGUACAUCAAGUAUCAUAUGGGUUAAAAGCUAUUAUUAAUUUAAAUGUUAUUUUUAAAAGAAUUAAAAAUUUUACAUUAAUUUAGCCACUUUUUGCUUAAAUUUUUGAAUUUUAAAAUGAUCACCCAAAUGCUAAUGCAUAAAGUUAUUUAGAACUCUCAAGCAAUAAAGAAUUAAGCUAAUUUUCUUUAAUAAAAUUAACAGAAAAAACCAAUCCAUAAACAAAGAUAAGUUUUUAAGUUUUAUAAGAUGAAGCAAUUUAAAUUCGUUCUGUUUAUUGUUAUUGGGAUAUGUAAAAAUAGCCAUUGCUAAAAAAUAUAAACUUUACUGGGAACAGAGGAUAAUUGAUUAGUAUUAUAGGUAAAACUGGAUCAGGUAAAACUACAUUCUUAUAAUUAAUCUUAAAAGAAAUCCCUUACAUUUAAGGUUAAUUAGAAUUAGUAGAAAAUUUAACAUUUGGUUAUGUUGAAUAAGAACCAUUUAUAAAUCCAAGUACAAUAAAAGAGAACAUUUUAUUUGGUAGAGAAUACAAUUAAGAAUUAUUUCAUGAGGUAAUAAAAAUAAAUAAUUUUAGGUUUUGAAAGCAUCUAAUUUUUUAUCAGAUUUAGUUAAUCUUCCAGAUUUGGAAAAUACAAUAAUUGGAGAAAAUGGUGCAACAUUAUCAGGUGGUUAAAGAGCUAGAUUAAGUUUAGCAAGAGCUUUAUAUGCAAUGCCAAGUGUUUAUUUAUUGGAUGAUCCACUUUCAGCAGUGGAUUCAAAAGUUGCUAAACAUCUUUUUUCUUAGGCUAUCUAAUAAUUUAUAUUUUAAUAUUAAACAACUAAAAAUAAAAAUUAACCAAGUCCAAUAGUGAUUAUGACUACUCAUUAAUUAUCUUAUGCAUUAAAAUGUGAUUAUAUAGUUGUAUUAGAAGAAGGAUAAAUAAUUUGUUAAGGUAAAGCAAAUGAAGUUGGUUUAUAAAUAGAGAAGAUAUUAAAUAUAUAACCUGUUGAAAUUAUUGAAAGCAAUUAAAAUUCUAAAAAUAGAUAAUAGUAAUCUUUAGAUAUCAAAAAGAAAUAAAAUUCAGAAAAUCUAUUUUAUUAACCAACAAAUCUUCUAACUCCAAAUUAACAAGUUAUUAAAACAAUUAAAUAGUUAUUACUUUAUGUGACUAGAUCAAAAUUAUUUAUAAUAUUAGUAUUAAAUGUAUUAACUGAAAUAAUUAGAAAUUUAUUUUAUAGAUUACUUACACUAAAUGCAGAUGAUGAAGGUAUAAGAAAAUAUGCUUUUAUUAUAUUGUUUCUAGUGUUAACUAAUUUAAUUAAUAAUAUACUAAAAUAUUCUAUUUGUAGUUAUGUAAUUUUGGAUAUGAAUAAUUAAAUAUUUUCAAAAUCAAUGUUAGCUCUAUCUAAUGGAAAAAAAGGAUACUUUGAUAAAUUACCAAGUGGUAUUAUAAUAAAUAAAUACUCUACUGAUUUAUCAAUAUUAGAUAAUCAAAUGCCUAUAGUAUUAAUUGAUAUAUUUGAGGAUGGUUGUUAAUUUAUUACAUCUCUAUUGAUGAUAGGAUUUCUUUAGCCAUUCUUUUUUUUACCAAUAAUGCUUACAUUAUUCUUAAGUUAUAUUUUAUUUAAGACAGUUGUUUAGGUUUUAUCUUAACUAAAGAUAAAUGAUUUGAGUUAAAGGGCUCCUUAACUAUCAUAAUUUAAGAUAUAUAUGUAAGGUUUGACUCAUUAUCGUUUAUCAAAUUAAUUCAACUAACUAAAAUAGAGAUUUUUUAUAUUAGCAAAUAAUAGUUUUAAAUCAAAUUAUUUAUAUCAUUAGACAUAGAAAUGUUUUUCAUAAUAUGUAGAUUUGAUAGCUUUAUUUACAAAAACAUCAGGAACUUAUUUAAUAAUAGCAUUCAUUGAAGAUAAUUCAUUAUUUUCAUAAGCAUUAUUAUUAUUAUAAUCAUUUCACUCUUAGAAUACACUUCUAAGAUAAUUAAUGGAAUUGAGUGGAUUAUUCAAUUCAUAUGAAAGAUUAUUGGAUAUAUUAGAGAUUGACUAGGAAAAAGACAAUGAGAAUAGUAAAUUAAUAUUACCUAAAGCUUGGCCUAAAUAGGGAAGUAUAGAAUUACGAAAUUUAUCAUUAUAAUAUGAUGUAACGUAGAAAGCAGUAUUAAAAAAUAUUGAGAUGGAAAUAAAACCUGAAGAGAAGAUAGCUUUUGUAGGUAGAACAGGUGCUGGUAAAUCAUCUUUAAUAGCAGCUUUAUUUAGAAUGGUUGAAAUAGAUUCAUAGAGUUAAAUACUUAUAGAUGGUUGUGAUGUAAAAGGAUUGUCUUUAAAUCAAUUAAGAAAAGCUUUAGCAAUAAUCCCAUAAUAACCACUUUUAUUUUAUGGAUCAAUCAAGUAAAAUUUAGAUCCAUAAAAUUUAUAUACUGAUUCAGACAUUUGGAAAGCUUUAUCAGAAGUUAACAUGGAUAGUUUGAUAGAAUAAUAAAAGUUAUUAUUGAAUUGUGAUAUUAUGGAUUUAAAUUUAUCAGCUGGUCAAAAAUAGUAAUUAUGUCUAGCUAGAGUAAUUUUAAUGAGAAGAAAGAUUCUUAUUCUAGAUGAAGCAUCUGCAAAUAUAGAUAUUUUAACUGAUUAAGCUAUUCAAGAAAUUAUAAGAUCUAAAUUUAUGGAUUGUACAAUAUUAACAAUAGCACAUAGAUUAAAUACUAUUGCACAUUAUGAUAGAGUGAUAGUUUUAGAAAAUGGAGUAAUUGUUGAAUAAGGAAAUCCUUUUGAAUUAUUAAGUAAUGAUUAUAAUUCUGAAAGUAUCAAUAAAAAAACCAAAUUCUCAGAAAUGGUACUUGAAACUGGAAAUAAAAAUGCUUAAUAGAUUUUUAUUAUGGCUAAAGAAUCUUUUUGUAUCUAAUAAUUAAAAAAGAAACAAAAAGUUAGAUAAUGA